AUGGCGUCCGUCUUCAGGACCGUGAGGUUCUUUACAAAGGCUGGGAUAAUUGGAGGGACUGUGUACUUCGUUUAUGACCAAGACUUACUGGGAAAUGGGGAACAAAUUUGUGAGAUAUUGAAGAAGGGGUCAACCGUCUUACCGGUUGCUGUGGAUCAGUGGACAAAGUAUUUCGGAGUGGAGCUACCAGAUGUUCCCAAGCUGAAUGUGCCCAUAGCUGAGUACUGGAAUACAGGAGUUGAAGCAACGGCAAACUUCUUGUCGGCUGCACCUACAAAAUGUAAUGAAUACACUCAGAAGGGCUGGCAGUACAUCAAGAAUAUGACCGACAGAGCACAGUGA